UCAAUUUAACUGUCAAGUCAAAAUUACGCAUGCAUUACGUUGUUCAGAGUAUUCGUCCUUUAUGAACAAUAAAAGGUUAUCAUCAAAAGAAAUGGUCGCUAAAAGUAAAAACAAAGCUUUGUCGUGUUCGACACCAGAACAUCCACUAGAAUUUGAUUCACCUUCUCGAGAUAGUGAUUCUAUUUGUGAUUCCGAGUCUGCCAGUCCUGUACCAUUUCUAUGUACGCAAGAUGGAGCCGAGGGUGAAACCGAUGUUGUUUGGAAUUUCUAUACACCUAAGUCUGAAGCAGCCAAGUCUAGGUUCAAAAACACCACACCAGUACGCCGACGGACGAAAAAAACGAGACCAAUAUCAAUAGAAAAACCAUUACCCCGACGUAGGGUUGUAAAACCUUCCCAGAGGCAAUCUGAGCUGCUUCAAGAGCUUAUUGAAUUGAAUCAGAAUUUGCAUGAAUAUAUCUCUAAAAAGCCUUCUGCUACCACAGCCAGUAAGCCACAAUCUGAAGAUGAUAUAUUUAGUGAUACAAGUGACAGUUCACCAAGAAGUGGCGUAAAAAGCAAGACUCGGUGCCUUCGAAAGAAUGUUUUAAGUUCAAAAUUUACCAAAUCUGAACCAGAAUGUGGCUUGGAGUCAGAUGAUUCAAUGAACGAGUGCUUAUUAAAAGCAAGUCAGGUUGUGGAGGAAAAUAUUUUAAAUUUACAGCCAAAACCUGCAAAAAAGCCUUGCCUUGAGCCAGUUACAAAAAAUUUCAAGCCUGGCUUAUCUGUUAAUAUAAACCAGGAUUCAAUGGAUGCCAUUUUGAGUAAUAUCAAAUUAGACUCACCAUCUCUAAAAAGAAUAAAGAAAUGUGAUUCGCCUAGGUUAAAUAAUGAUUCUUUUGACUGUUUACUUGGAAAUUUAAACGAAAGUGCCUUGGAGAGACUCACACAAAUGCCUACAAAAAAUGAAUCAAGAAACAAUUCAAAUAAAAAUAAUGAGAGUAGUUGGAUGUUAAAAGAACUAAUUGUUUGUGAUGGAAGCCCUUCAACCAAGUCUAUAUUUGGAAGGCAUAAUUCGAUGCCUGAGUCACCAUCUGUCAAUAAUAGCAAUAAGCCAUCAACUAGUGGAAUGGCCUUUGGGAGGUACAGUUCAAUGCCUUUCAACAAAAGUGAUGAGAAAAUGACAGUUCCAGGUGAUUCUCCAAUAAGAUGCACUCCAGAUGAAAUAAAGCAGAAGCAUAAACAAGCUAGAGAAAGGCUUCUAGCCAAAAGGAUGUUACCUUUUACCUCUACACAGCAGUCCAAUACAGCAUCAUUACAGUCACAAGUACAACCAGUUCCUAAAAAAACAAGUUUCCAACUAAAAGUUCCAAGUAGUAAGGUUAAUAAUUAUGUACAAAGAAAAGACACUGUCCAAGAACCCAAUAAUAUAAAGUUGAUAAUUGAGAAAAAAAGACAGGAAGCUUUAAUGAAGCUAAGAAGAAGGCAACCUCCAAAUAAAUAAAUAAAUAAUACAUUUUAUAAAAUAGAGACU